GCAGUAGAGCGUCGUUCGUUGUACGGUGCGGUCGUGGCGUUCGCGAUCCGUCUCGAUGCUUCGUACGUUCGAUGUAUGUGUGUGACCGUGCACGCGUUUUCUUUUUUCCUUUACACUGUAUAUAUAUAAAGUGUUUGUGAUAGUGCGAAAGGAUCGUCGUUUUGUGUUCGGUUUCUUUCUCGCAGUGCCAAAAGGUGGAUUAAAGACGUUCCCCGUGAAACAGAAGGAAAAAAAGUAUCGUGGACAAGCCGGCAAGAGGAUCCCGAUGCUGAACGGCGAGGGAAGACCGCUGGCGUUCCUCCAAGAUCCUGAGAAUGUCACCGCAGAGAUCAGCCCAGGGAACGGAUCAUGAAGUGACCGUGCACAAAGGACACUGUGGACACGUGUGAUUCUUUGCGAAGUAUUUAGCCACAAUUAAGAUGUACCCCGCGCCGGCGAGACACCCAGCCGCUGCCGGUGGCGGAGGAAGCGGCGGGGCUGCGGGAGGGCUGAAAUUCACGGUGGCUGACACUUGCGAGAGGAUCAAAGAGGAAUUCAAUUUCAUCCAGCAACAGAACCACUCACUGAAGAUCGAAUGCGAGAAGCUGGCCAGCGAGAAGACCGAGAUACAGAGGCAUUACUUUAUGUACUACGAAAUGUCGUACGGAAUCACCGUGGAGAUGCACAAGCAGACAGAGAUCGCUAAGAGGUUGAACGCAAUAAUCGUCCAGCUACUACCGUUCCUGGCACAAGAGCAUGGCUUGCAGCAUCAGCAGCAGGUGGCCAAUGCCGUAGAGAGAGCGAAGCAAGUCACGACGUCCGAGCUAAACGCUAUUAUUGGGCAACAACAGGGUCUACAGCAGCUACUGCAACAGAUUCACGCGCAGCAGCUGCCCCACGGCGCGGUGGUCGGCGGUCUUCCGCCGGGCGGGUUGUUGGGCUUCGCAGGUGCGGCCGCGGCGGCCGCAGCCGCGGUGGUGCCGUCACAUCUCGCGCCGCCCCCGCAUCCAGCGGCCGCGGCUGCGGUCCAGGCGCAGGCGCAAGCGCUCCUGAAACCGUCGGACCUGCAACAGCACCGAGCAGCGGCGGAGACGCCCGAGGAUCGCAAGCCGAUCGCCCUCACCGACGACAGACUACGACGAUCCGUUUCGCCGCCCGAGAAAUUCCGCAGCCGCACCCCCGACCUCGAGAGCGAUCCCAAGAGGCGGAAGGAGGAGAAGCUCGGACACGAGAGCGACGGAGAAAAGAGCGAUCAGGACUUGGUGGUGGAUGUCGCGAACGAGGAGGCGUCAUCGCCGCACGCGAACGGAGAACACUCAGAUCCACGCGAGAACGGCACCCUGGAGAAGCUGAGUGCUCCAGGACACGCGGGACCGACUUCCGGCGUUGGCUCCACUUCUGUAAAAGACAGACCACCCUCGCGAAGCGGAAGCUCCUCCGCUCGUAGCACACCAUCUCUGAAAAGUAAAGAUAUCGACAAGCCGGGUACACCUGUGGCGGCGGCGAGGGGGUCGCGCAGCUGUACGCCAACUAUGGGCGGAAUCCCUGGGCCCUUGGCAUCGCGAGUCUAUCAUCCGCCAUCGUCGCAGCAAACGCCACCGCAGGGUUAUCAGGGUUUGCCGUCCCGCGGCAAUGAGCCGCCGCAAUCGUCUUCGCCGUACAGCAACUUACCAUAUGCCAGGACUUCGAUGCUCGGUUUCGAUGGUCACGUAAGGAUACCACCGAGUAACGGGAUGAGCAACGUUCCCGGCGGUAAAACAGCAAUCUCGUUCCAUGCGAACGGCGAGGGUGAAAUGCAGCCUGUGGCAUUCCCCACGGACGCUCUGAUAGGACCGGGAAUUCCACGUCACGCGCGUCAGAUUAAUACCUUGACUCACGGCGAAGUUGUGUGCGCUGUUACGAUCUCGAAUCCGACCAAGUACGUCUACACGGGCGGCAAAGGGUGCGUGAAAGUCUGGGACAUCGGACACGAAGGCGGCGGCAGCAUCAAGCCCGUGUCGCAGCUCGACUGCCUCCAACGCAACAAUUAUAUUAGAUCGGUGAAGCUGUUGCCAGACUGCAGAACCCUGAUAGUCGGAGGAGAGGCGAGACAACUGAUCAUCUGGGACCUGGCCAGCCCUACGCCGCGGAUCAAAGCGGAGCUGACGUCCUCCGCGCCCGCCUGUUACGCGCUGGCCAUCUCGCCGGACUCGAAAGUCUGCUUCAGUUGUUGCAGCGACGGUAACAUCGCCGUGUGGGAUCUCCACAACGAGAUUUUGAUUCGACAGUUCCAAGGGCACACGGACGGCGCCUCGUGCAUCGACAUCUCCGCGGACGGCACGAAGCUCUGGACAGGAGGGCUCGAUAACACCGUGCGUUCUUGGGACCUGAGGGAAGGCAGGCAGCUGCAGCAGCACGACUUGAACUCGCAGAUAUUCUCUCUGGGCUAUUGUCCCACCGGGGAAUGGCUGGCGGUCGGCAUGGAGAACUCCAAGGUCGAGGUGCUCCACGCGUCCAAAUCCGACAAGUACUGCCUCCUCGUUCACGAAUCCUGCGUCCUAUCACUGCGUUUCGCGUCAUGCGGCAAAUGGUUUGUCUCUACCGGCAAGGACAAUCUGUUGAACGCCUGGCGCACGCCGUACGGCGCCUCGAUAUUCCAGUCGAAGGAGUCCUCGUCGGUGCUGAGCUGCGACAUCUCCGCCGACGACAAGUACAUCGUGACCGGAUCCGGUGACAAAAAAGCCACUGUAUACGAAGUGAUUUACUAGACACACGGCAAAAGACGUUCGCGUUUUUCUCCCUUCGUCGAAACCCGAACUCUUAAACACGCCUCUCCCUUUUUUUUCGCGGGAGAUCUUACAAGUGAGACUUUUAGCAGCCUUAGGAACCUAGACUGUUACUACUGUGUAUAUAUACAUACGAAGUCUAUACUACGGUAGAAUCGCGCGUUCGAGGGGGAAAAAAGCAGAAGAAGAGGAAGAAAUGGAUAAAAAAAAGAAAAAAAAAAAGAAAGAAAAAAGACAAAAACCUAAUGUGUGUGCCAGAGAACCUGUAUGUAUAUUAGAGUUGCGUGUGCGUGGCCCGAUUGUAUCUACGACGGUGUGAUUACGUAGAGGAACUCUUUCUUUGUCGCGUGUAUACAACGAGAACUUGUUAAUGGAACGUUACCAAGCGAUCUUGCAUGCGCGUUAAGUGACCGGGAAAGCCUUGCGAAUGGUGAUGCUAGAUAUAAUUUCGUAUAAGUAAUUACAGAAUCAACACGCCCGUGACAGAUAGUCGGAUAGCACGAAGACGACGAAGGCUCGGAGACUGUCUACGAAAUUCUGUCCCCCCCACCCCCUCUUCUCGCUAACAUGAAAAUUUUACAAUUUUUACAAUCACUCUGUCCCUUGAGCUUGUUGCCGACGAUACUAAUAAACUUGCAUACCUUUGUGUACCUUGAACCCUUUCGAGACGACGAGCAACUAUAAUCAACCCCCCUGUAAAACAUGCUCGCUAUAGUUCAAGGGCAACUAUAGUCUUCUAUGAGCCACAGUGUUAAUAUCUUAUGCCCAUAGUGCUAAUCGACACCGCUGAAAGAAGACAAAUGGAGAAAUAUGUGUACGUAGAGUCCUCAAUUUCCGUUCGUGCGUCGCGAAAGGGUUCACAACGCUUGUCGGAACAACGAUUGGAAAAUUCUGCGGGUUAUUCGUUAUUCUUUUUUUUUAAACCGUCGAACGUAACGACGACUAGGCUGUUUCGACCCGAAACGAAAGUAAACGCGACUUCUGCGCCGCGGGAGCAGCGUUGCGUGUAUCGUUUGAACGUAAACUGGCCCACGCCAUUUAAUUUUAAAUAUAUCGAUUGAAAGUGAUCGUCUUUUUGUAUCGAAGGAUGUAUCUGCGUGGAGAAUGUCAGAGAAUGAACAUCUUGGGGUAAGUAAUUAGUUUUCCUGUCUAUUAACGGAAUCCGUGGAACGAGUUGCGCGUCAAUGCCCAAACGAUUUAUGGUCGUUGGAAACGUGACGAGUUUUCCCCACUUCGAGGGGCUUCCUGGCUAGUUCGGUCACGUGCUGCGCGACGCACGUGCGCAGAAACCAGAACCAGGUGUCGAUUCAGCGAUUCGAACUUGAUUUUUGGUCACUUUUAUGUACAUAUAUGUCUUAAAAUAUUAAUAUCGACGACUCCGUGAUGUUUCGACGCGGCGUUACGAAAGAAUUUCUCGAUAGGUAUGAACUUAAAAUGGAACGAAUACGUUCGAUGAGUUGCGAACAGUACGCGGACGUCUAAUUUGUGCGCAUAUUCGUUGCGCAACACGUGACCAAAGUCGCUUAACAAGUGUGUUGAAACACGAUCUCUUGGCACACCCCAUGUGCUUACGAAUCAUUCGAAACCGUGGCAAACGAUUAUUGCCUUUCUGCUUAUUUCGUUUAAUAAAAGAAAAAAGAACGUACGCAACCAAAGUUUAACACACUUGAUAAUCCGAAAUUGUAUUAUAACGCUACGACCGGAAACGCCGACUUGCACGAAUGCUGCUCGAUUGCGUUCAAGUUUCUUUUCGAUGUUUCGUUAAGAAUCUAUAUAAAUAGAUUACGCCUUUUGGUCUAUUGCUUUUGUUAGGAUGUUUCAGGGAGCAUUUACGAAGAGUUUUUGUAUUUCACGUAGACAGCUGUGAAUAGAAAGUUUACAUUAGCGACCUACUACGAAUAUAGCGUUUAUUACCUACGUCUCUUGCGCUUCUGUUAUCGAUAAGCACACUGACAUUAAACGUAUCGUUCGAACUUCUCGCGUGAUCGUGCGUGUAUGCAUCGUAGGCCGAUCCCCAAAGAUUUAAAAGAAGCAAUAGUUAGCGAUAGAACGUUUACUUGCAAUUAUUGCUUUAGUUAAUUCUUUGUCUUUAAGGACUGGCCUAUUAGGGCUGGAACUGAUCGAAUAGUUUACUAUUUGAAUAUAUAUUGCGUUUCGUUGGUUAGUUUAGUUCCUAUUGCGAAGUCUAAAGCAUUCAGGAAUGUAUAAAUUGUUUAUCAACCUUUUAUAGACGAUUAACCCGUAAUCUAAUUGUCGAUUCUUCUGUUCAUUUACAUCCUACUUCAGUUAAAUGUUUGAAUAGUCAUUCAAAUAGUUGAAUAUCCGAAUAGACGUAAAAGAAGUUCCAACUCUAGUAUGCAUGUGAGCAACGAAGAAAAUCCCCGUACAGAAUUCUUGUGGAUCCUCAUCGACGAUCGCGAUCGAUCGCACGACGCGGAUCCGAGUCGUGCAAUGACUCGAAAUUUGCAUAUUAUAUCCAUGUAAAAAGUACAAUCCUAUACACAAACUGAAACGAAACUAUUUCUCUACUUUAAUUAGGUAUCAGUCCGUAGACGAAGCUGAAACAAAGUGAAUUUUUAGAAACGCGCAUUAGGUAAAGGACAACGGAUCGUUCGUCCCGAUUGGCAGAUCUUAUAAAAAUAUGCAAUGAAUACACGUAUAAUUAAAACGAUCGAAUGGUUUUCAUAGAGAUUCGAAAGAACGAAGGUUCA